CAGCAAUAAUGGCCGUCGCCGGGGCCACAACCAAGCAGAUGCCACUACUCCUAGUCAAUGCUGUGGUACAGAUCUCAGGCGCAGGAUUUACUGGCUCUUUCAAGGAAGAUUGUACAGACCUCUCAAGGAGGGUGGCUCUACUGGCCCAUUUAGCCGAAGAUAUUCGGGACUUCAAGGGCGAUCGGGGUUCCUCUUCUUGUUCGAAUUCUUGCUUGUCUGAUCUCACAGUUGCUCUUCAGGAUGCAAAAAGACUGCUUUUGGCUGCCUGCAAUUUCGAUUGCACUGCCUCCUCUGUGUCAUCUUAGUUUGAGAUAUCCCAAUGUUUCUUGCUGUCAGACAUUGUCAAGGAAAUAAUUUCCUUUCCUGGUAGCUGACUGAUUAACCUGGUUUGCGGGGAUGAAAGACUUGAAGCUAAUAAACCAUAUUAGCGUAAUGUUUCCAAAGGAAAGACAUUCCCAGCGGCUUAAUUUGUAGAUAAGUGGAUAUGACAAUCAAGUAAACUCUCUUAUGGUUUGUUUCUGGUCAAAUAUGCAUACUUAUAAGGGGUUGGCAGGUCUAUAAUUUGUUCUGUUAAGGAUAUCUUUUUUUCCAGAAAGCAAUUCUUUUAAGGGUAUCCUCUAGUAUACACCAUUUUUUUCGGCUUAGGGAUCACAUAUUAUGAGGUAUUCCAUUUGUUUGUUAGUGGUAAUACUUGAAAUAAUAAUGAUGCAAUCGUGAUGUUAAUUGAGAACACGGGACUAGGUUUUUCAUACUCAAUGAAGUUCUUCUGUAGCUAUGCUCAUUUAUUAUGAAAGAUUAGAUGCCUUUCAAAAAAUUUUAUUUCAUGAUUUAAGGAUGAAGCAGCCAUGAAAAUUGCCUUUCAAUUUCAAUGCGUGACAUCGAAAUUGGAGAAAGUGUUGGAAACCCUACCAUAUGAUCAUUUUGACAUCUCCGAAGAAGUGCAAGAACAGGUUAAAUUGGUGAGAACUCAAUUGAGACGAGCCGCAGAAAGAUAUGGUAAAACAAGUUUACCAUCUUGUGCCUUGUCUCAGCCGCUGGACGGACAGAUUGAACCGCAAGAAUCAGCAAACAGUAAAAUCGGAAGCUUGAACAAGGAAAAUAUUUGUAAUCUUGAUCAUGAAGUCAGAGCAAUGGUGGAAAGUGCAAAAGAUUCCAUAUUAGAUCAGACGAUUCACAAAGUGGAAAGGCCGAGAAACUCCUCCACGACAUCUAAGUUUGGCCUGUCAAACAGUGGUGAUGUUGACAAGGAAGACAACUCAACCAGUAAUAAUUUGCAGGAGAAUAAGAAGCCUAAUCCUCCUGUAAUUCCUAAUGAUUUCCUCUGCCCUUUAUCUCUCGAAGUGAUGAGGGAUCCUGUUAUUGUGGCCACAGGGCAGACAUACGAGAGAUCUUACAUACAGAGAUGGAUAGAUUGUGGCAACACAUCAUGCCCAAAUACUCAACAGAAACUCCAAAAUUUCACUCUAACCCCAAAUUACGUCUUGAGAAGUUUAAUUACUCAGUGGUGCACGAAUCACAAUAUUGAGCAACCAACGAUAUUGACAAAUGGGAAGAUAAAGAAGAGUGAUGGGUCAUUCCGUGAUAUUAGUGGGGACAUAGCAGCCAUUGAAGCUCUUGUUCGGAAGCUUUCAAGCUUGUUAAUUGAGGAACGCAGGGCUGCAGUGUCUGAAAUCCGAUCACUAUCCAAGAGAAGCACAGAUAACAGGAUAAUAAUUGGGGAAGCUGGAGCUAUUCCAAUUCUGGUUGACUUAUUGACAUCUGAAGACAUUUUAACAAGAGAAAUUGCUGUCACCUCCAUUCUCAACCUGUCUAUACAUGAGAUUAACAAGGAGCUCAUAAUGCUUGCUGGUGCCAUUCCUUCUAUUGUCCAAGUCCUCAAAGCUGGAAGCGUUGAAGCAAGAGAGAAUGCAGCAGCAACCCUUUUUAGCUUGUCAGUUCCAAAAGAGAACAAAAUUAUAAUUGGUGAAUCAGGAGCAAUACCAGCUUUGGUAGAAUUUCUACAGGAGGGAAGCAUGCGAGGGAAGAAAGAUGCUGCAGCAGCACUGUUUAGUCUGUGUAUUUAUCCGCGGAACAAGGGUAGGGCUGUCAGGGCGGGGAUUAUUAUGGCAUUACUGAAAAUGCUCACAGAUUCAAGCAGGUGCAUGGUGGAUGAAUCUCUGGCACUACUCUCAAUUCUUGCUAACCACCCAGAGGCUAAGGUUGCUAUUGCAAAAGCUAGUUCCAUUCCUUUCUUGAUAGAUCAUAUGAGGAUAGGCCUGCCCCGCAACAAAGAGAAUGCAGCUGCCAUUUUACAUUCCCUGUGCAAGAGAGAUACUGAGAAUAUUGCUUGUAUAAGUAGGCUUGGUGCAGUCAUACCCCUGACUGAGCUUUCCAAGAGUGGCACAGACAGGGCCAGGCGGAAGGCUACUUCAUUGUUAGAGCAUCUCCGAAAGUCACAACAGCUCUAACAGGUGUAGUGUCAUUGAAUAAGUUAACUAUUUGCUUCUUUGAUUUUGCCUGGCAAUGAAUGUUACACGUUUUCUUUAGGCGUGUGAAAAAAAGUUGAGAAUUUGAGCUUGAGAAAUAAGGCCAUUCUCAUUGUGUAUUUACCGACUUCGUUUUCAAAUAUUCAUCCGACCUUUUUGUUUCGAAAUUUUUAACAAAGAUGAUAUAUUUGUGGGAUGAAAGUAAUGGAGACUAUGAAUUUUUUCUUGACAACUCGCUACUAAUAUCAUUAGUGACAAUUCUUCUGGAAAAUUAUCACAUUCAUAUCACC